GUGACACUAGACACUAAUAAUAACAACACCUCUUAAAAAAAGUAUAAUAAUAAUGAUAAUAAUAAAAAUAAUCAGUUAACUUUGACGCCUCGUGACAAUAAGCAGCAAAAGCAAGCAAAAAUUAAAGACUAAUAUAUUUUUGGUUGCGUCGGACCAAUAGUCAAUGGAGAUUUGCUCAUUACACUCGUUAUGAAUUUUUAUUACAAGAGGUAUCAGUAGUUUUUUUACAUACUGGAGAAAUGGUGAAUAUUGAUAAAAUAAAAGAGACUUAUCCGCUGCACUGGCUCGUAUGGAACAAUGAUUACAAUGAGCUUGAUAGACUUCUGUCAACUAAUCAGCAUGACAAAGAGAAGCACGACAAUAGAGGCAGAUCACCUUUGAUGCUGGCGGUAACGUUGGGAUACAAGGAGUCUGUUGAAGUUUUGUUGAAUCACGAGGCCAAUGUUUAUACUGAAAACACCCAAGGAUGGAGCGUGGUACAAGAAGCGACGGGCACGGGCAACCCAGAAAUUUUGCAGAUGGUCCUGGCACGAAGAGACUACCAAAGAUAUUGCAACCGGAUUGAUGGAAUCCCGGAGUUACUUCAUAAGCUAAAACAAGCCCCGGAUUUUUACGUUGAAAUGAAGUGGGAAUUUACUAGCUGGGUCCCUCUGGCAUCGCGUAUGUGUCCAAGUGAUACAUACAAAGUAUACAAACAAGGCAGCAACGUAAGAAUAGACACAACAUUACUCGGUUUCGAUCACGCGAAUUGGCAGCGUGGUAAUCUGAGUUACGUCUUUAAGGGUCAGAAAGACGUACCAAGUGCACCUGUGACUAUUAGGUGCGACCGGAGCUAUGUCUUCCGCAUGGUUGGAGAUAGACCAGAUGACGGCGCUACAAUGAUGGAAGUGGAUCACGAAACCCGGAAAGUUUACGUAGAACACAUGAAGCUGAUAGACGACGACAAUGUCCAGCUGAUGGCACCCUCGGAAGAGGGCAUAAUGGCCCGCCUGACCAACCCAAUAGUAACGACCUACGUCGACACCGAUAAAAUAAGUUUCGAGAGGAACAAAGCCGGCAUAUGGGGCUGGAGGUCAGACAAGAGUGAAGUGGUAAAUGGCCACGAGUGCAAAGUCUUCAGUGCCAGUAAUGUUGAACUGAUCAGUAAAACACGUCUUGAACAUUUAUCUGAAGCCGAUAAAGUACGGUCUCAUGCGCCUCGUACUCCUCUUCAAUCAUUCCUUGGUAUUGCUGAACAACAGCAGGAAGAAAAUGGUGGUGCGACGUGUAGUGAAGAAUUUAUUAAUGUAGGAAACCCUUCAAACAUAACUCCCGAAGAAUAUUUUGACCCUGAAGUUGAUUUAAAUGGCCGAGACAUCGGCAGACCUAAAGAAGUAACCACAAAAAUCCAAAAAUUCAGAGCGACUUUGUGGUUGUCUGAAGAAUAUCCACUAAGUCUCCAAGAACAAAUCAUGCCAAUCGUUGACCUGAUGGCGAUAUCCAGUACUCAUUUUGCCAAACUUAAGAAUUUUAUCCAGAUGCAAUUGCCUUCAGGUUUUCCUGUAAAAAUAGAAAUCCCGCUGUUUCACGUAUUGAACGCGAGAAUAACUUUCGGAAACAUAUUUGGACUGGACCAAGAAGUGCCGCAUGUAAAGAGAAUCCAAGAGGGUCCCCGAACGACGUGCAUUGUUGAUGAUAUUUGCUUCGAAGCGCCAGCUGGCUACGUCAAACUCGGUGCGCUUGAUCGUACGCAGUUCAGUAUUGAGGAAGAGGACGAUUUACUCCAGUUUGCCAUUCAGCAAAGUUUGCUCGAAGCCGGCAGUGAAAGGGACGAGGUCGAUAUUUGGGAAGCUUUGAGAGCCCAAAAGCCCUCGAGACCCACCACUCCGAACAUGUUGCCCGAAGAAGAGCGACAACUUCAAAGUCAGAGCAAUACAAGAGAGCCUGGAGUUUUAUCAAGAGACCUCGGAGUCCCUGGGCGAAAAUGGUAGGACCAGUUCGAGAUCAAACGUCCUGGAAGACCAGCGGGACCAUGAUCUUAUUCCAGACACUGCUGAGCAAUUAAAGCUCGCACUGAGGCUAUCUGAGCAGCAGCAGCUGGAGGACGAGCAAAGACGGCUGCUCGAAGAAGAAACCUUUCGUCAGGUGCUUGAGCUUUCGCUUACUGAAAAGUGAAGCUUAAAAAAUUAUCCGAGGUUAAAA